AUGACAAUUCCGAAGAAUGUGAAAAUCAAAACAAAAACAUCGACAACGACAACGCCACCACCACCACCACCACCAAUCAAUCAUCCAUUUGAAUCUCAGCCAAAAAAGGGUGAAGUUUCCUCAAUUUCCCAUAGUUAUCAAAUGGCUCCCAGUGUCUGUCAAAAUUCACCCAAAUUACCGCCACACAAUAAUACACAGUCUGGUGUACAUAGCGGUGGCGGCGGCGGUGGUACUGGCAGUGGAGCUACUGGAAGUAACAAUCAUCAUCAUCGAACGGGUGGCACGGCCAUGGUCGGUGGCGGUUCUGCAUCUGUUACACAACGCAGCAAUUGUGGCAGUAGUAGCAUCAAUGGUUCCAUGGCAUCAUAUAAAAUGUCAACAACAUCGGAAACAAGCUGGUCCCAGACGGUAUACAGUAAGGAAAAUCAACGACCACCAGUUUACAAUCCCGAAGAUUAUGUUGCUGCGUUGAAGAAAUUUGGCAAACGACAAAGUGGACCCAAUCCACGUUCGAUAUACGAUGCCAGUGAUGCAGCCGCCGCAGCUGCGGCUGAGGAUAGUUUCAAAUCGGCAACAUUACCACACAAGCAUUCCGAUUAUAAAAGUCCAAUUAUGGCCCCCGUGGCAAGUGAAAGUGAAAUGUCCUUACGGCAAUUUGCAAGUAUUACAGAUCUGCUGACAAAGUUAAGAGCUGAUUUGAGGGUAUCAUUUCCAAGUUUCGUCCAAGAAUUUGUGGCCACACCUUCGGAUGGUGUUAGCCUACUAUUGGAGGUAUUACGGUCCAUUCAACUGUCACAAGCGGUAAAUGCUCCCAUAAAUACCAUCAAUAAUAUCGGAACAAUGCCUAGGAAUUCACAGAGCUAUCAACGUCGCGCCCUGCUUGAUGAAUUGGCAUGCUUACAAUGUCUCAACAUUUGCUGCUCCCGUUCGGUGGAGGCCACCGCCCGUUUGGGUACCACACCCGUGGGUUUAAUGCCCUUGGCAUCAUCGGCAACGGGUCAGGGUAUUCGCGCUCGUAUCCUAGCAAUGCAAUUAAUGGCAAAUGCUUGCGAUAAGAACUCUUUUGGUCAUGGUAAUCAAAAAUUGGCUACUGCAGGUCAUACAGCAAUAUCGGAUGCAAUGUCAACACUGCGUUUAAGAUGCAGUGAACCGGUACGUUUUCGUUUGCUAAUGGGUAUGCUAAAUAGUGGCGGAGGUUCGGGCGAGUUGCAAGCUGUGGGAGUGAGAUUCAUCAAUGCAUUCUUGGAAAGUUCAGAAAAUCUUCAACAGCGUUUAUAUUUGCAAGCGGAAUUAUUCCAGGCUGGAUUUGACCCCAAUAAUUUGGCAAAGACAAUCUCUUCCUCCUCACCCUGGUUGGAUGUGUUGCGAAGUGAGCUAAAGAAAUUCCAUGACAUUUACGUCGAUGUCGAUAAAAUGAUUAACCAAUCCCGAGAAGCCGAUAGGGUUCGCAGUCAAAUGGUAAUACUCGAACGUAGAGUACAAAUAUUGCACGAAGAAAAGGCCGUGUUAACCUCGAUGGAACGUCGCCUACAAGAACGCUGUGCUGAGUUGCAAAGAGAAAUAUUCCGUUUACAGGGAGCACAAAAUGAAAACACAUUCAAAUCUCUCGAUAAACAACCGGUUACACUGCCUCGCCACAUUCCACCGGGUAAACAGCAAGAUUCCUCAGAACAUGAAGAUGAGGGUAUUAGUAGUUCAGAUACAGGACCCUCGCUAUCGCCUGUGCCAAUUUUGGUCUUACCACAAAAUAGUAAAAAACAUGAGAAGCUCCCGGCCGAUCCAGCCAUUGAGGAUGCCAUGGAAGAGUUGGACAAUGUGGUGAAUGAAGCUGAGAAACAAAUCUCCACAAAUGAAUGUAAAUUUAAUAAAAUCUGCAAGGAGGCUAAGGAAAAAGAAAUUAUACCGAAAAAUAUUGUACCACAACCGCCAAGAAAAUCUCGUUCCUUGGCCCAUUUGGUACAACCGGAGGGUUCAGAAUUAGAUGGUUCCGAAUAUGGUAUGCUGAUGUUGCAGAAACCCAUAAAUCCCAAUCAAGAAGUGGCUGCCUUGAAAACCUUUUUCGAUGAAUCCGAUUAUGUUAUACAAGAUCAGGAUAAAGCGUAUCAUCGAAAUGCUUUGGACUCCCCUGAAAUCCCUGAGAAUGUGGCGAGUAAACAACAUUCGAAUAAUACCACCCGAGAACUGCUGGAUGUUAUUAUGAAUGCCCGCCACUGUGAAGAUGAUCCAACAAUGAAAGCAUUGCGGGAAAGUUCCGAUAGCCCAGCUAAUGAUGUGGAAGAUAACAGUAAUGCCAUUGUGAUGAGUGGAGCCCCUAAGCGCGAAAGUUUCACCGAAACCAAUGGUGUACCACCACAACAAUUCCAUGGCGUAUUUUUUAUGACCGAUAUGAAUACGGCCCAGAAAUAUCCUAAACCAGAUUUAACAGCUGCCCUGCAGGCACGUCGGGUAACCAAGAAUGUUGAACGUUUGGAGGCCGUAUUCGCCAGCCACAACGAAGCCUACAAUGAGGCAGAUCAACAGAAUGGUAAACGCAACAGUUUAAUGCCCAGCCAUCGUGAAAAAUCACGUAGUAAUCAACAGAUUUAUUUUGGCAGUAAUCCCACCAUACGCAUCGGUCCCUAUGCCCAGCAGCAGCAACAACAACAGAAUGUAAGACCGGAUCUUUUAAAUAACAGUAGUAAUGUGACGACACGUACCCGUUCGUAUACACAAGGCUCAAAAGUAACCGAUAUACCAUCGGGUUUAUAUUAA